AUAAAACCCCAAAGCGGCGAAUACAGAGACAAUACAGGCACGUUUGAAACCAACUGCGGUCAUGUGUAGGAUGUUCUCCUCCUGCAUUCCUCUUUAGAUUUAUUGCCCUCCUUCUCCCCUGCACAAAGCAAAAGCACCACCAUGAGUAUUAUCCAAGACAAAUUAGGCAAUGAGUUUUUGCGCAACGGUGGCAUGGACCCCAAUUUUGCACCAGGUAUGCUUAUGUUCAGCCACCUGCCACCCGUCACCAGUUUUACACGGCUGGCCUCCCAGUCCGUCAUGGGCGAGCUUCCCCAGGAGAUGAUCCUGAAGAAAGAACGUGACUCACCCCCAGAACACCAGGGCGCCACUGCUGCGAAUACAGGGGGCUUCCUCCACAGCAUGGGCAUUAAGCAGGAGCGGCUAAGUGAGCUGGAUUACCGUAUGCCCCUCUAUGGCGGGGGCGGAGGAGUAGGGGUGAACUGUGUUGGAGGGGGCGCGGGGAAGAGUGGCACUGACAUGCCGGACAUGUCUUUCGGCAACCACCACCAAAAUCACCAGAACAUGCUCCUGCAUGACCUCAGCCUCAGCAAUGUUCGUUCCCUUGGAGAACCGAUGCCUGGAAGACCAGGUAAAGAUCCAAAAGAGUCCGCAGGUCGAAGAGGGCGGAGGAGCAACGGGGAUGGGCAGGGAGGCAAAGCCCGAAGGAAACGCAACGAUGCUGCAAAGGCCAUGAUGUUGGAUGCAGAUGGAGCCUGCCUGUCCCCCAACUCAAAACCACAUAUCUGUGAGCACUGUAAUGCUGCCUUCCGCAGCUCCUACCACUUGCGCAGACACGUGCUUAUACACACAGGUGAGAGGCCUUUCCGGUGCAGUCAGUGUAACAUGAGCUUCAUUCAGAAGUACCUGCUCCAGCGGCAUGAGAAGAUCCACAGUGGAGAGAAGCCUUUUAGCUGUGACCAGUGUAAUAUGCGAUUUAUCCAGAAGUACCAUAUGGAGCGACACAAGAGGACACACAGUGGCGAAAAGCCAUAUCGCUGCGAUACCUGCCAACAAUUUUUCUCUAGAACAGACCGGUUACUGAAGCACAAACGGACUUGUGGAGAAGCCAUAAAGAAGGGCCUGGACCCAAGCAUGCUGGAGCUCAGCGAAGCGGAGCUUGGCCAGGGCAGCUAUUCACUCACUCAGGGAAACUCUACCACCUCCGGACGCAAGAGGGCCAAGUCCAAAAACGGUGAGGGCGGUGAGCGCAAGAGGAAGAAGAAUGCCUCAGCAUCAUUGGCAGCAGCCUCAUCCUCUGGGGGGAUGGCCCGUGACCUGGGCCUGCAGGACUUCAGCAUGGAGCACCCCUCAGGCUCUGGCCCCAGCAUGCAGGGACGUACUCCCAAAUUGGUCUUUAAAAAAGCUGGCCGCAAGGGUCUUGACAAGGGUCUCCUCUCUCUGGAAGACAGUGCUGAUGGACAAAAACUGUUGGGCCAGAAGCCUGGCUCCAUGGAUCAUGUGGAGGGUUCUGGCCUUGACAACAUGGGUCUACUCCAGGGAGCCGGGGGCAACAAGCAGGGGCCCACCACCAGCAGCAACUACGAUGAUGCAAUGCAGUUUGUGAAAAAGCGGCGCUACCUCCAUGCAGUUAACAGUGACUAUGGAGCUGGCUCACUGCACAUGGCAACCCAGGGCAGUAGUGUAAUCCAGGGCUCCCUGGGGCCCGAGCCCACACUGGCCAUGCUGGACUCGUCGCCUUUGGAACUCAAGCAUGACAAGUCGGGCAUUCCAGAUGAGGUACUGCAAAGCCUGCUGGACCAUUAUAGCCAUAAGCCAGAGGGGACACACCACCAUGACGUGACUUUCGACCUGUCAGACCAUCCACACCAUGUUGACCUCCAACCAGCAGCCCCUGUUACCCCAGAGUUGGAGGAUGACUCGCCCAAUGGUGGUGAUAAGACAGCAGUGAUGAGCGAGUACUCAAAAUUCCUUCUGCAGGCCCUGGAGCGCACUAGCCAUAGUGGACCCUUCCCCAGCCUUGGCCCAACAGGGCCUUUCCCACUCCUGUCUAGCAGCUCCAGUCCCACAGGGCCCCUGUUCUCUGACAAACACGUGUACACCACAUCCCCUCUGGAUUGCGGCUACCCACCUGCUGUCUCCUCCCCAUUGCCCAUCGCCGCCCCUUCAUCAACCUCCUCCUCGUCCUCCUCAAAGUCCCACUAUGGCAUGCUCGUCGGCUCGCCCUCCCAGGCAGGCUACCACCUCAGCUUGGAAUCUACCAGCCACCAGCAGCUGACUCCAUCUCAGGAGCUGACUGAGCAGUUGGAGAAGCAGCACUCCCCCGGCGCCUUCAACCUACCUCCCCAGGACCUGACUGCCCCGGCAGAGGGUUCCAAGGGGCAGCAGCCCAAGGCUGGAGGCAGCGCUGCACCCACCAACGGUUCCAGCUACCCAGACCUGUCCCCACUGAACCCCCCUAAAGAAACCACAUACCAGAUUGAGAACUUCGCCCAGGCCUUUGGCUCCCAGUUCAAGUCAGGGCGCCGGACCCCUCUGAGCUAUGGCAGUGAUCCUGGGGCAGAGGUCGACCACCGAAUACGGACUCCAGUGUCAGAAUUCUCAGGGUAUACCAGUUUGUUAGCUGACGUCAGUGAGCCAGUGAGUACAGGAUCAAAAACCCCGACAAGCCAAAGUUUCAGAUAAGGGUCAAACAAGGUGAAUCCAGUGGGGGCUGUUCUGUUACUGUCCAUACAGUCCCUAUACCCAUCCUAAUUUUGUUCUUGUAGCAAAGUUUUGUUUUUUAAACACUGCCAUUAAAUGUUAAUACAAAAAUGA